AUGUCGGUGGCUAUGGAUCGAGCCUUAAUGGCUCUGUCUUUGGACGAGGAUGACAAACCUUUCGAGAUGCCGGACCAACCGGGUUUCUGUUCGAAUGAAAAGAAUCUUCUAAGCAUUGUGGGUAGAGUUCUGAACCCAGAAUGUCAGAGAAUGUCUUCCUUAAUCUGGAGGAUGCCUAGGAAGUGGCAAAAGGAAGGCAGGUGUAGGGGAGUUGCUCUCUCGGAGGAACGUUUUCAGUUCUUCUUUGACUCGGAGCAUGACUUGGUGGAUGUGCUGGAGAAAGGCGUUCAUACUUUUAAUGAGUGGGUCAUUGUGAUUGCGCGUUGGGUUGAAGAACCGCCUGAUGACUAUCUUCAGUUUAUUCCUCUCUGGGUACAAAUCAGCCAAAUCCCCAUAAACUACUAUACGGAGGAGGCGCUAAUGGCGUUGGCUGAUAUGAUUGGUGAAGUUAAGGUGUUGGUUUUUGACCCCUCGAAACCACAGUCUCAACCUUUUAUUCGUGCUCAGAGGAUCUGUCCUCUCGAAGUGAAGAAGCGUAAAGAGGUGGCUUUGGCGCGGCGUCAAGCAAUAGAGAAAGAACUUGAGCACAGAUCAGUGGUACUGAGUGAAGGUGAUCCUCUCUUGGAGUUCUUAGAGAAGAAACCAAGUGGGGAUUAA